GAGGCACUUCUUGCCCUGUUAAAGAGGAAAACUCCAGUGGAAGGGGUAAGUGCCCCCCUCGCCCCUUACUCUGGAUACCUAUACUGGACUGCAUCAGACUAUUACAGCUGUAACAGGGAACAAAGUUGUGCCCAGCUGGCUGGAGCAGAACUGACAUGAGCCUUGAGUGAAUAUAGGAGUGAAGGCUCUGUACAGAGGGUCGGCUCUGCUGCUAAUUGGUUAGCAACUCUCCAGAGAGGCGGGCUCUGUGCUUUCAUGUUGGGGUCCUGGGAUGGUCAUAGUGUAAGAGAGCUGCUGGCAGCGUUCCUUCUUCCCUCUCUGUCUGUGGCUGACACACACAUACACAUGCAAGACUCCCCUAUAAGAUAGCACGUGUGCCAGCUGGGCGCAGGCUGAACAUAGGCAGAGUGGAGAGGGGCGAUGCAGAGGGGGUGCUACACACAGACACGCCGGGCUGCUAAAGCAGGAGCAGCUGUGAGGGCUGCACGGGAAUAAGAGGGGCACAAGUCGGGGAAAUAGAGGAAAACGAGGUGGAGGCAGAGGGAACAUGCUGAUUGCAAACUGGUUGGCGGGGCUUGUCUGUCAUCUCUGCUUCCUGCAUACAAGUUCCUGGGAACAGCGGCUUCACCCCACGCAAGCCGGUUUUGUGAAGAAGCUUUCGUCUUAUGAGAUUGUCAUACCUUCUCGAAUUAAUGAUUUUGGAGAGGUAUUUCCACACAACCAGCAUUUUCGAAGAAGGAAAAGAAGUGUACAAUUUCAGCUUUCAGAAUCUAAUGGAUACCGGACACACUACCGAUUUACUGCGUACGGGCAAUACUUCCAGUUUAAUCUUACUCUUGAUGCAGGGUUCAUUGCUGACUCUUAUAAUAUUACACAUAUUGGAACAUACAGCCAGCUGCACUUUGAUUCCUCAGAUCUCAGACACUGUUUCUACAGUGGUCAUGUAAAUGCUUUGAAGACCAACACAGCUAUAUUUAGCCUUUGCGGUGGCAUGAUUGGCACUUUUAAAGCACACGAUGGGGAAUAUUUUUUAGAACCAUUGAUGAAACCUGAUGGAGGGGACCAUGAAGAUGAGCACAACAAACCACACCUCAUCUACAAGCAUGAAGGCAAACAUUUGAAUACCUCAGGAAAAGAACAAAAAAAAUGUGACAUUUCAGAACUUAAAAAAAAAGAAGAACUCCAUCUUCACCUUUCGGACAGUAUGGAACAAGAUGCUGCAAGUUUUCAGGAUCUGUCAGUUCUUCACUAUUCAUUACAGAACACAACACAUGAAGAAGGUGCAAGCAGAUCACACAUCAGAAAGAAGAGAUUUUUGUCAUAUCCAAGAUUUGUAGAGGUUAUGGUUACUGCUGAUGCAAGAAUGGCACAUCACCAUGGACACAAUUUACAGCAUUACAUUUUAACAUUAAUGUCUAUCGUUGCUGCUAUUUAUAAAGACCAAAGUAUUGGGAAUCUUAUAAACAUCAUGAUUGUAAAACUUGUUAUUAUACACAGUGAGCAGGAUGGACCAGUAAUAACCUUUAAUGCAGCAACAACUUUGCACAACUUUUGUUUAUGGCAAAGAACUCAGAACAUUCUAGAUGACUCCCACCCAGCCCAUUAUGAUACAGCUGUUCUCCUUACCAGGGAGGAUAUAUGUAGAGCCAGUGAUAAGUGUGACACAUUGGGUUUAGCUGAACUGGGUACAAUGUGUGAUCCCCAUAGAAGUUGCUCCAUAAGUGAAGAAAAUGGCCUUGGCACAGCAUUCACAAUUGCACAUGAACUAGGGCAUGUGUUCAAUAUGCCUCACGAUGAUAGCAUCAAGUGCAAAGAAACCGGAUUUAAAAAUGAAUUUCAUGUCAUGGCUGCAACAUUAAACUACAACACUAGUCCAUGGACCUGGUCCAAAUGCAGUCAGAAAUAUAUCACAGAAUUUCUCGACACUGGUUAUGGGGAAUGCCUUCUUGAUAAACCUAAUGGAAGAAUUUACGAGUUUUCAAACCAGUUGCCUGGUGUAAUAUAUAAUGUGAACAAACAAUGUGAGUUAAUGUUUGGCACUGGAUCACAAGUAUGUCCCUAUAUGAAGCAAUGUAAAAGGCUGUGGUGUACAAGUACAGAAGGAAUCCAAAAGGGAUGUCGUACUCAGCAUAUGCCUUUGGCUGACGGAAGUGAUUGUGGUCCUCAUAUGUAUUGUCGCAGUGGUAUUUGUGUAAACAAGGCAAUGGACACUCGACCCGUAGAUGGUGAAUGGGGACCAUGGGGAUCUUAUAGUUCAUGUUCAAGAAUCUGUGGCGGUGGGAUUAAAACUAUUACUAGAGACUGCAAUCAGCCUGAGCCAAGAAAUGGAGGGAAAUAUUGUGUGGGGAGAAGAAUGAAGUUUCGCUCAUGUAACACUGAUUCCUGUCCCAGGGGAAGGAAAGAUUUCAGAGAUGAGCAGUGUACAAGUUUUGAUGGUAAACAUUUCAACAUCAAUGGUCUUACAGGAAGUGUGCGAUGGAUACCAAAAUACAGUGGCAUUCUAAUGAAAGAUCGAUGCAAACUGUUUUGCCGUGUUUCUGGGACAUCUUCAUACUACCAGCUGAAAGACAGAGUCAUUGAUGGUACUUCCUGUGGGCCUGAAUCUGAUGACAUCUGUGUUCAAGGAUUAUGCAGGCAAGCUGGAUGUGAUCACGUUUUGAAUUCCAAAGCCAAGAGAGAUAAAUGUGGUGUAUGUGGGGGUGACAAUUCUUCCUGUAAGACUGUGGCAGGCACUUUUAAUACAGCUCAGUAUGGGUAUAAUACAAUUAUAAAAAUUCCAACUGGAGCAACAAACAUUGAUGUUCGUCAGCAUAGUUUUUCUGGGUAUCCUGAAGAUGACAACUAUUUGGCUUUAUCGGACACCAAAGGGAACUUUGUCUUAAAUGGCAAUUUUGUUGUAAGCCGAUUUAAGAGAGAAAUAAAUAUUAAAGGUACUACUUUUGAAUACAGUGGCUCAGAUAAUGCCAUAGAACGAAUAAAUUGUACUGAUCGGCUGGAGGAAGAACUCAUUUUACAGGUUUUGUGUGUGGGAAGUUUAUUUAAUCCUGAUGUCCGGUAUACUUUCAACAUUCCAACUGAAGACAAAAUUGCACAGUUUUUGUGGGAUCCGUAUGGUCCAUGGCAAAACUGUAACAAGAUGUGUCAAGGCGUUCGUGAAAGAAAAGUUACAUGUGUUCGAAGAAGUGAUCGGGUUGUAGUAUCAGAGCAAAGGUGUAAGCAUUUGCCUCAGCCAGAAAAAAUUACUGAGACAUGUAACAAUGACUGCCAGUUAAGGUGGUAUGUCGCUGGGCAGAGUGAAUGCACAUCACAGUGUGGACCUGGACAUCGAACUCUAGAUAUUCGUUGUAUAAAGUAUUCUACAAAAGGAUCAAGUACUCCAGUGGAUGAUAAAUUUUGUAGUGGCCAGUCUAAACCUUCUAACAAGGAAUUUUGCCAUGGAGACUGUUUCUCAUCAAGUUGGCAUUACACAGAAUGGUCCCAGUGCUCACUGAGUUGUGGCAGAGGAAUUCAAACCAGAGAAGCUUUUUGCAUGAGUAACUUUGGUCGUCGUUUGUCUGAUAGAGAAUGCAUUGAUCAACAGAAAGUAAUUCGUCAGAGCUGUAGUGAAUUUUCUUGUCCAGUAUGGCACACAAGUGAGUGGAGUGAGUGUGCUGUAACAUGUGGAAAAGGAACCAAAUAUCGCCAUGUGUCAUGCCAACUGAAUGGUGAAAAACUGGAUGAGAACUAUUGCAGUCUAAGCAGUAAACCAUUAUCAGUUCAAUCAUGUGAGCAUGAAGAAUGUGCAUCAUGGAAAGUCGGACCUUGGGCACCAUGUGCUGUUACCUGUGGCCAUGGAUUUCAAAUGCGCAGAGUGACAUGUGUCAGUGGAACCUAUUUAGAAAUACUGGAUGAACAUGAGUGUAAUGCUGCUUCUCGUCCUACAGACACCCAGGACUGUGACAAUCCUUCUUGCCCCAAAACUUUAGUUACUUCACCUUCUGUAGACCAGAGGCCAAAGCAUGUACAGUGGAGAUUUGGGUCAUGGACUCCUUGUUCAGCUUCUUGUGGGAGGGGUAACCGUGCUCGAUAUGUGAGUUGUAGGGAUGCGUUUGGUGGAGUUGCUGAAGAACCAUUUUGCACCCAUCUUCCACGACCUGCUGAAGUUGAACCAUGUUUUACUCCUUGUGGAGAAUGGCAAUCAGGAGACUGGACACCUUGCUCUGUUACUUGUGGAAAAGGAAAGUUAAUGCGACAAGUUAUUUGCACAAGUUACAAUGGAAGGACUGAGGAUAGCAACUGUGAUUCUGAAACCCAGCCAGCUGCAGAGCAAGAGUGCAUUAUGGUGCCAUGCAACAAGUACAUUCAUUACCCAUUUAAUCAUGGUUAUCCAGUAAGAAACUCUCAGUCUGCAAAUCCUCACAUUAAUAGGGAACAUGACACAUCUGGCAGUAUAAAUCACAGGAAUAAUCUUCCUCGAGAGAACCAGUGGAGAACUGGACCAUGGGGAGCAUGUUCUAGCACAUGUGCAGGUGGAUUUGAGCAAAGGAUGGUGGUGUGUCAAGAUGAAGAGGGGAGAAGUAGCAGUCUUUGUGAUGAAGCCUCUAAACCUGUUGAAUCAAGGCACUGUGACUCUGGACCUUGUCCUCAGUGGAGCCAUGGAACCUGGGGAGAAUGCACACAAACAUGUGGCGGUGGAAUGAGAACAAGGCUAGUGGUAUGCCAGCUGACAAGUGGACAAGUUUUGGAUGAUCAGAACUGUGAAAUCCUAGAUAAACCACCAAACAUGGCUCAGUGUAAUAAUCAUGCAUGCCCUGCAGAUGCUUUUUGGCAUCCAGGACCAUGGAAAUCGUGCUCUGCCAGUUGUGGAAAAGGAGUCAAAUAUCGAAAUGUGCACUGUGUUACAAAGGAUAAACAUAUUAUGGAUGAUCAAAUCUGCCAGCAUUUAAAAAAACCUCGUGUACGGAAGUACUGCAAGUUGGGAAAGUGCCCCUCAUGGAAGGCAAAGAAAUGGAUGGAGUGUUCAGUGAGCUGUGGUAUAGGCAUUCAGAGAAGAGAGGUCUACUGCAGACUAAAAGGCCAAGGAAAAAUUCAAGAAGAAUUCUGCAACUCAAGCACUCGCCCAGACAGUCAAAAGCAAUGUUUCUUACCUGAAUGUAUGCAUUAUUUUUGGCUUACAGAUGAAUGGCCUGAUUGUUCAUCAGAAUGUAAGCAUAAAGAAUACAGAAGAAGGGUGAGAUGUGUGGACAGCAACAAAAGUCCUGUGAAUGACAAUUACUGCGACCCUACCACAAAACCACUCUCUAAAAAAUGUAAGAAUGUCCCUUGCAAGUACAUCGUAGUUACAGAAGAUAUGUCAAAGUGUGCUGGCAUCUGUUGGUAUGGGUAUAAGCACAAAAGGACUUUUUGCCAAAAAGUACCAGCAACCAACAAUAAGAAUAGUACUGACCUUCGGGCUGUGAGUUAUAAAAGAUGUCCACUUCGGCCCUUUCCAUUUGCCCAUAAAUGCAAUGGGAAUGGCUGUGUUCAAGCUAUCACAUGGCAGGUUGGAAAAUGGAGCAUGUGCUCUGUAACCUGUGGGAAUGGAAUUAUGGAGAGAAGUGUGGUAUGCAUGAGAGACAACAAUUCUUCCAGCAACCUAUGCCCAUUACAUGUGAAACCCCCUGCCAGGAAAAGCUGUUUCUCAAAAAAUUGUGAAUAUAAAUCUUGCAAAGACCUGAGUCUGCUGAGUAAUAUUCAAAAGGAUGGUGAAUAUGUCCUUAAUAUCAGCAACAGAAAUGUUCAGAUAUACUGUUCUGGGAUGCAGACUGAAAGUCCAAAAGAGUAUAUAACACUGGUUAAAGGAGAAACAGACAACUUUUCUGAAGUCUUUGGAUAUAGGCUGAAAAAUCCUUAUGAGUGUCCAUUUAAUGGAAGCAGAAAGCAAGAUUGUGCAUGUAAAAAUGACUACCUUGCAGCUGGAUAUACUGCAUUUAGUAAAGUGAGGCUGGAUGUCAUCUCAAUGCAAAUUAAAACUACUGAUCUUCAUUUUGCUCAUACUGUACUUGGAAGACCUGUUCCUUUUGCCACUGCUGGGGAUUGCUACAGUGCUGCCAAGUGCCCACAGGGGCAGUUCAGUAUUAAUCUCUCAGGUACUGAUUUUAGACUAUCAGAAGCAGUAAGGUGGAUAGCACAAGGCAAUUAUGCAGCUAUGAACAUCCACAGAUCACCAGAUGGAACAAAAAUAUAUGGAAGAUGUGGAGGGUAUUGCGGAAAAUGUGUUCCCCAUCCAAGUGUUGGUCUUCAAAUUCAAGUGCCAUAGAGACUGAAAAAUAAUGAAUGCUAAGGCUUUAAACACUGGUUUAAACACAAUUCUGGGUGGAUAUGUAGUAACAGGUCUACUAGUAUAGUAACCUAUAGUAGCUAAUCAGGUUAUGUUGUCAUUAUUCUAACUGAUGUAGACCACUAAAUGCUUAAGUGUCUGUUCUUUUGCAUUUGGGUAAUAUGACCUAAUAUGUUUUUUAAUUGCAUAUCAUUUCUAAUUGGCUAAAGCUACACAGACCUCAUCAAAACUCUUAAUAUUAAGUGUUUCUGAGAUUGUGAGUCACAUGGCUAUAACCUAUGAAAUUAUGUGUGGCAAUGAAAUAUUUUCAGGCUUACUCUGUGCAUGAAUCUGUGCAUAGUCUAUAUAUUUCAUAGAAUUUGGUUUUAGUGGGAAUUUCUUCAACCUAAAUGCACUGAACUAUAUGCCUGCUGUUAGAUCAUGGAAUAAGCUGGGGACACUCCAAACCUUUUUGUAUAAAGCUACAAACUGCUCAUGUGCUAAUAAAGACCAAAAUCCAAAGCCAAUAAUAUAUAUGGAUCAGGUACUAAAACCAAGAUUAUAACACAUUUGUGUGUUAUAAUCCAAUUACCCAACACUUUAAAGAUAAUUGUAGCAAGAAUUGUUGCUGACCAAAUGAAGCAAAAACCGAGGUCUGAACCAAAAAUAGCUGAAGUCUUUUGGUUUAACGUCUUGCAAUGUAUAAAUAUAUUUGUUCAUGGUGCUAUUUUUGUAAUUUUUUUUGUUCCAUGAUGGCUGAGCUUAAAAAAAACCUUAAAACAUAGCCUUUCUCCAACAAUAGCAGGUUUCCAUGUACAUGCCUAAAAUGAGUACGCUGCUUCUGGUUUUGAAUGUAGCAUGCUACAAAAUGCCAUUACACAGUGGAAGCCUGGCGCUAUAUUGGGCAUGUAAGAUGGCAUUUGGCAAUAGACCUGCAUACAUCACCUGAUACUAUAUUAUUUAUUGUGCAUACAAUAUAAGUAAUGUCUUGAAGAAAAGGCAAAUCUAAAGUAUAAUAUUACUACAUACAUACCCUACCUCUAAGGUGAUUCUUUAUGAAAAGCACGGCAUCCUCUCCGAAUAUAUGGUAUUUUUAUAUAGAAAUAUUUAAUUUUUUUGUUGGUGUUAUUAAAAAGAGCUAUUGUUAAUUUCUAGUAACAUUAUAUAUGUAGGACAUACAGUAUUUAUUAAUCUUUAAUGAAUGAUCAGAAUUUAUAGUUAUUUAUAUGUAAAAUGCUGCAUGAACAUUUUGUUUAAAGAAAUACUGACAUCUGCCUAUAUUUUGUACUUUUUAUCUUUUUUAUUUAUUGGCCUACAGGUUUUGCAAAGUAAAUUUGAAUAACUGUGGGGCUUUUUAUUAGACUUUCUUUCUAGAUAGUGUUGGUGGGUUUCUAGGAAAUCUUUUAUAUAGUGCUGACGUGACUGUGCCAUUAAAUCCGCCCCUAUUUUUAACAACACUUUAAUAAGGGGUAUGUUAUCAAAUAUGCCUGAUAUGAGCCUACAUAGAUUUAUGCACAAUCCUGCACAAUUAUUUUUUUAUUAAGAGAAGUGUUCUUAUUUUUGCAGGAUUACCUGGUUUUCUCCUUAACCCUAAGAACUUAAACAUUUAGAAUCUACUUAACUUGCACUCUGUAACUUUAGUGUCAGCCAUGUAAAUUGGUGGCCAAAAAAUUUGGCACCUUUGCACUUUUUUAGUUACUCACAAAUUUUUCUAAAAUGAAUUGAUCUACAGAUAAACAGAUAAUCUGAGCUCCUUAAAGCUUCUUAUGUGCCUGCAUCUGGAGCCAUUGUGUUGACCUGGGUGCAGGCACGUGGAGCAGAUUUCAUCUCAGAACUGCUUAAAGGAACAGUAACACCAAAAAAUG